CGAAACCACGCCCACCGCCAGACAGACCGGUUAGAUAGGAGAUGCCCAUCACCCGGAGGCAUUUGACUUACCUGAGUGCUGUAGGAACGCACUUCUGCUCAAGACGUAAGCUAAGCUUUACGAGUGUGCUGUUACAUAAGCAAGAAAAGCAGAAAUCAGCCAGUUCAAUGUAGCCAUCCUGAUAGCAUUAAAGAGGGAUUAGAGGAGCUCUGUAAACAGCAGAAUUGGUUUAAAAGCCAUCAGGGACAAUGAGGAACUCUUGGGCCGUGCUGAGUUUGACCUUUAUUGCCAAUUUAAUAUCACAAGCAGCAGGUGUCAGUCCCCCAGGCAAAGCCAGACUCACAAGCUGCCGCUCUCCAGAGAAGGAGACCUUCACCUGCUGGUGGGAGCCUGGAGAUGACGGGGGUCUGCCAACCACUUACGCCCUCUACUACCGUCUAGAACAAUCAGAGACGGUCUACGAGUGCCCAGAUUACAGAACCGCGGGCGAGAACUCGUGUUUCUUCAACAAAAAUUACACAUCGAUAUGGGUCAACUAUAACAUCACCGUGGUUUCCACUAACGCCCUGGGGAAGAAUAUUUCAGACCCCGUGGAGGUGGAUGUGACCUAUAUAGUUCAACCAAAAUCUCCAGAGAACGUCACAGCAGUUGUGGUCCAUGAAGACCAGGGUCCGUUUGUAAAAGUGCUUUGGGAGAAACCACGAACCGCAGACACCCGCUCAGGAUGGAUCACGCUACUUUACCAGCUACGAGUUAAACAAGAAAAAGAUAAAGAAUGGGUGGAGUAUGAUGCUGGCAGGCAGAAGUACUAUAAUGUGUUCAGUCUUCACCCUGGUAAAUACAUGGUGCAGGUGCGAUGUAAACCUGAUCAUGGGUUCUGGAGUGAAUGGACCAAAACCACCUACAUCAAAAUGCCUGACUAUCUACCCAAAGAGCGUUCGCUGUGGAUCAUGAUCACGGUUUUCUCUGUCUUCAUCGUCCUCAUCCUCAUCUGGAUGCUGAAAAUGAAACGAAACAGUGUGAAGCUUUGUUUGCUGCCUCCCGUUCCUGGACCGAAAAUCAAAGGAUUCGACAAACAGCUGCUCAAGAGCGGGAAAUCAGAGGAAAUUUUCAAUUCUCUGGUGAUCCAAGGUUUCCCUCCAACCACCGAUUAUGAUGACUUACUGGUGGAGUACCUUGAGGUGUACGACAAUGAGCAGCAAGAGCUGGUACUGGAUGGUAAAGAUCUAUCAGAGGACUGCAUAAAGUCCAAAAGCCCGUCGGACUGCGACUCCGGCCGGGGCAGCUGCGACAGUCGCACCCUGCUUUUGGAGAAGUGCAUUGAGGGACGGGAAGGAAGCGGAAGUGACCAACAUCAGUACAGCCAGCAUGGAGAAACAAGCUGGGCUUCAACUGAAAGCAGUGAGAGCCAGGGCCCUGAACCCAGUUCUCCAGAGUCCGUCGAUGGACGCGUCAAGACCUGGCCAAUUGUGUGUUCGUCUCCCGAACCUCAACCUUACCACCACUACCAAGCAGGAAGUGCAAAACCGGCCUACCACAGCGUCCCAGAGAUCCACAGCCAUUUGUCGCCACAUGCGACGGCAAGCAACUACCACCAGCUUCACCAUCAGGACAUCCCGCCACAGGAGGUCCUCUUCAGCAAGCCGGCCUGCUCACAUUCCCAAAGCUACAACCAGUUCAAUCUGGACGGCUCCGACACUCCUGCUCACGGUGUGCCUCCGUCACGUUCCUUGGGAUAUGUAGAGGUGCAAAGGGUCAACCCGGAAAAUAUGCUACUGCUUAGGCCGCUUUCAGACCCAAACCGUGAGCUUGAAGGGUCUGAUUGCAUCGGGGAGGACUACAGCAAGGUCAAAGAAGUGACAUCAAACAAUAUUCUGUUUCUGCAAAGGGAAACGUCCCAUCAGUGUGUGGACAAUUACAGCCUGGACUUGGACAGCCAGGCUGAUCAAUGCACAAGCCAGCAACCACCUCACCCCUGCAAACCUGCAGUCCACCAAUCGUACAGUCUGAUGCCAGAGGAAGGCAUGAGGGUGAUGGGAAACGGUUAUGUGGAUUCAACAGUCUUGAUGCCAUCCUACUAACACAUAGUGGUCCAGUGCAUGAAGGCAGAGAUGUGAUCUGCCCCGAAUGCAUCAAAAACAAUAUCCUAAACACUAGACUGUCAACAGCUCAUGCCAAGCCCUAAAAGAAGAGCUUUUCUCCCUCUCAGAUCUUGCUACAUUGGUUUAAUAAAGAGGAUUUAUAUUUAUACAAAUGAUUUUGACUAUUAAUUAGAAGCAAGAUGGUCUCGUUUCAGAGCUGAGGUCUGAAAAGGCAUUGUGUGCUGUGAAUUUUACGUGUGUAGUUUGCAAAGUGUUGUAAAAGGUUCUAUGACAGAUUGUGUACUUUGAUGAGGUGACAUUUAUAAACACCAAAAAUUUCUUUUUACACUUAAAAUGACUGUUUUAAUGUCUUUAAAGUUAACAUAAAAUCCAAAUGGAUCCUGUUUACUUUAAUAUACUUUUCUGCAAAAUGUCCAACUAAAAAAAUUCUCCAGCUCUGGUACGACUUUUCCGUUUGGCUAUAUGUUAGCCAAUAGCGAAAUAGCUAUUUAGGCAUUAGCUGUGUCCCAAAUGAUGCGCUAUACUAUGCACUUAUAUUUAUGCACUAUGUACUCAACCGUAUGGUUUAUGAAUUUUAUAAGGUUAUUUUGUCAUGACAGCCCGUCUCCCUCCGCUAUAUUAUUAAAGCUGCGACAGUUGAGUGCAUGAAGUGUGCAACAUUCCACACUUUGUUUUUUCAGUCAAUUAAGUGCAUCAUCUGAGUAUUUAAAGUGUACUUUUUCUAUUUGGAAUUUUCAGUGUGAACACACUACUCACACUAUUUAUACAACAAAAUGCCAUUGUGCUCAAGUACGCGAACUGGGACACACCUAUUGUGUUUUCAUUCAGGUCUACUAUAUAUAGUUAUAGAAAAUCCACUUUUCACAAUUCCUGUUGAAAAUAUGCUCAAUUUUUAUGCUGUUUUACUCAAAAAUAUAUGGUAUUAUGGAAGUAAAAUGGGUUUCAAUACCAUUUCAUGUAAACUUGAAUGAUUUGUCAUAUUUAGAGAUUCACGAGAUUUGAAAACUAAGCACUUUGCAUAGUUGCCCUCAGCAAUCCGCUAUGCAUUAUAUUAUUGUGUGUAUUUUGCAUCAUGGCACUGUUACGUGUUCAAAACCACUUUGGUUUAUUAUUCCACUGUUCACUCCUAAACUAUAUGAUGGGAUCCGUUGCUAUAAUGUACAUGGACAAUAUUUUUAUGAACUGAUUUUGAGUGUUGUAAAAACAUUCACCUAAUUCAAAGCUUUUGCUUGAUGCAUUUCACUCCACAUUGAAAUGAAUUUUAAAUAUAAUGGCAUUUACUUAAAACUCCAACAUGCAUAGUAUGGUGUUCAUUCUGAAAACAGUGCAAUCUCAGCCAUGCAACUCAAAAUGUCUUUGCAUAUUUAUGAUACACUAAUGCAUAUGUAAAUACAUGAAAAGGGAUUUGAACUGAUUGUAAACUGUUAUCAUUUUAGAGAAUUUGCCUUUGAUAUUUACAGUUCUCAGGUGGAGGUAAACUCACAGAAUGUAUUUAUUAUAAAUGUUAUUGGCACUGAUUUUGAACACAAAGGCACAACUGGUGUAAAAUGAAAAAAUAUAAACUGCCAGUGUUUUUCCACAUGUUACAGUGAAUUAUUCACUGUAAGAAUUUGUGUUUCUCUGAAUGUUAACCCUGUGAGAAUCUAUUUUUCCAAAUCUGUAUAUCCUUCAAUCAUAGGUAGCCAUUAAUUCAGCAUUGCAUAUUUUUUAUGUUUGAUAUAAAAAAGAAAUUGUAAAAAUAUUUUUUAAAAAUUCAUUCAUUCCAAAAUAACCAGAUAGUUAUUAUAUUGUGAAUGCACAAAUCACUAACCAUGAAACCUGUUAUACGGAUACGAUUUAACGAAAAUAGCCCUUGCCAGUGCAAGAGUCAAACUCCAUGUUGCCUUAUUUUAUGUAGAAAUCUCUGAGAGUAGACUGGUGUGUAUUUUGUUGGAAAGAGUUAUUUACUAUAAACAUGUGUUUAUGUCUAAAGUGUACAUGUAAAAUAUACAAUAAAUUCAGUUGUUAUAUAUAAUAUGUAGAAAUGCAUUUAUAUGUAACCUAUAGAUAAUAUAUAUACGAUAAAUAGUUUUCUUGGGUUUGCCUAAGCCAUUCAGUGCAUAAAUCGUCCUAAUCUAAUUUUGUUGAUUUGUGAGUAGCAUAAUUCAUUUAUGUCUUUGUUGUUCAACAGUCAUACAUUCUCAGUUUCAUGCAUUAUAAUAAAUCUGCAUGGACAGAGUAAUGCAUAAAUUCUUUAAUAGCUUACUCUCAGAUUAAAAUAUUAUUUCACAUUGUUGUCCCGAGGCUUCACAUUAAAUUAGAUACUGUUACAAACAUAUUUUGUCGAUUUACCAUUGCCUGAGUUAGAAAUCUAUUAAAAUCCAUUAAAUGAAAAGGCAUGUGGAUAAAUUUCCAGGAGGAUGAUUAUAUUCUCAUUUAGGCAUUCAAGCUUUGUUACUGAAAUCAGUUUUUGAUUUCAAUAUACCAAACCCAAGCCACUUCAAUUUAAUCAACAUUUUGCUGUAUUAAAAUCUUUCAAAUUCAAAAACAUUAGUUUGUUAUACACUAAGAAUAUGGCUUGUUGAAAUGAUGUCGCUUUUUUCUUUACUGUCUUUUUUUUUUUUUUAGUGAAUUCAAACAACUGGAGGUGCUGAAAUUAAACUUGUGAUGUUAAGCUGACUAUAACACAUCUUCUGUAAUACAUCCUUAUUGUGUUCUGCUUUUCCAUAACAAACAUUAUUUGUGAAAUCACAUAGCAAAACCAUUAAAACAUGCUCAGACUGUU